AUGUGAGAAAGGAGAUGCGUAUGUAGGGCGGUCAUCUCCCGCAGACAAGCUCAUCAUCUGCCUCCUACCGUCCUAUAUCCAUCAUAUAUAUGAAGAGAAUGAGGUGACAAGACGCCGCCGCACUAAUUAUUAGCUGGAUGGCAGCUCCAUGCCAAUCCCCGCAAGGAGGGAAUGAGCUGAUGGCAUACGAUGCAUGUUAUCCUACGGUGAGCGGAGGCCCGGCUCUGCUGCCCCGGCAGGCCAGCUCGGCGCCACCGGCUGGGCCGCCGGAGCUGUCGACGACGUCCUCGUCGACGACGGGGUCGGGAAGGACCGCGACGGAGGCAAGGGCCCUGAAGGUCCACAGCGAGGCCGAGCGCCGGCGUCGGGUGAGGAUCAACGCUCAUCUCACGGCGCUCAGGAGGAUGAUCCCUGAUACCAAGCAGAUGGACAAGGCCGCCUUGCUAGCCAGGGUGGUGGACCAAGUGAAGCACCUGAAGAGGAGAGCAGGCGAGGCCGCACAGCAAACGCCGGCUGUCCCACCGGAGACCGACGAGGUCUCCAUUGAAUUCUGCGCCGGAGACAAUGACUCCAGACUGUACAUGAAAGCCUCGGUCAGCUGCGACGACCGCCCGGACCUCGUCGCCGGGCUCAUCCAGGCGCUCCAUGGCCUCAGGCUGAGGACGGUGAGAGCGGAGGUGACCUCCCUAGGAGGAAGGGUGCAGCAUGUCUUCACACUGUGCAAGGAGGAGGACGAGGAAGGCAGCGCAGCAGCAGGCCUUGCUGGACUCACGUCUCUGAAGGAGGCUGCGAGGUUGGCUCUGGCCAGGGUUGCUUCACCAGAGCUGGUAUGUGGUGGUACUGGUAGCCCGUUCCAGUUCCAGAGCAAGAGGCAGAGGAUUCUCGAGUCGCAUUAUUCAAUCAUGUCCAUAUAGAUGAGUACUUCUGGAGUAAGUAUAUUUUUGUGUCAGAUUUGAGGUUGGAACUGCUGUUAGUGCUGUAAGAUAAGAAAGAUAGAUGCAGUCACUCCAGGAUAGUAGAUAUCAUGGCAACAGGGUUUACACUGUGUGCCUGAUGCAGCAUGGCUGCCGACAUUCAGAUUGCAGAAAUCCUAGAUGGGGACGCAGGGUCACAUGAUUAGUUUGACGAUUCAGCAGUGGCGUGGAUAGGCUGGUACUCUAUGCAACACCUCCUCAUUGGUGGUUCUCAUGUUAAGAUAUGACUAUAUGAGACACACCUAGAAAGAA